AGAUAAAAAAAGUGUGGUAAACCAGCAACAUCGAGGAAAAAUGUGCAACACAACAUGAAUCUCACUCACGGGACUGCGGGAGUGCGGGCGGCCACUUGCUCCAGUUCUGUGCGUUUCGCGAAACAAUAUUUAUCCAUUCGACACACACACAAACACACAGAAACUUCCCACCCUGCGUUCCAUCGACUGUUGACGGGUCACGGGGGUAGUAGCGCAUACCUGCGGAGAGCCUAAGCUACGGUACGGCAUCCCCCACUCAAAAGGAACUAACCACACAACAACAAACGAUGCAAGAAGAAAGGGGACAAGAAAACGAGAUAGAAAAAUAAAGCUAGACAAAGCUUUCGCUGCCCACCGCGCCACCGCCUAGAUGAAUGGCCCGAAAGAACAGUUACUUUGGCCCGAUGAUGCAGGCGACGACGAUGAUGAUGAUGAUGGUGGCGACAGCAACAACAACAACAUCGUGGCGCUCAAACCAUGCCGGAUUGAGUGACUGUGUUCGGGGAGCGGGAGCGACGAGAGAGUGAGAGUUUGUUUGAGUGACUGCGUCAUGACUGCGAGAGCGAAUGUCAACAUAGACACGACUUUUCCGGCACCGGCAUCUCCCUUCGGAUGCUGUGAGGGAUUUGACCAUAACUGUGGAAGAGAGAGCGAAAAAUCCGACCGGAAAAUCCAGUCAAAAGCCGUUUUCUCCGCACGGGAGAAAGCGUGAGCAAAAUUUCCCGAAAGGAUGCGACCGACCACCAGCCUUGUUGGUGGUUAUCCUUGCGGGAGGCUUUAUGCUUGCCGCCGCUCUCGAGCCGAGCGCAUUCACAGCGGAAAAGCGGUACGGAAAACUUCAUCGUCCGAAACACCGGUCGCGAAAAGUCGGUGUGAUAGCGAGCGAGUGUAGGAAGUUCGUUUUGGCACGCGCCUAAACCUACAACGAUGGCAUCAACGAUAAAAUGAUAACAGUUUGCGGUGACGGUUACUCGGCCUGGAAUUACAGUGGUACAGAACGUCCGUCAAUGUAAGCAGACGCAGCAGUAACAUCAACCGCACUCACACAGCAGCACACGCGAUCGCGAUAUCAGAAGAGAUGCUGUGCGGAGGGCGAAAACGCGAGCAGAUCGCGGCGUCGGUAAGUGUUGUUGUGCGCGAGUGGCCCACCCGAUGGCCAGCCACCAGCAUCGCAGCCGAGCGCGGGAGCAUGCCGUGCCGAGCAGUGUGCGCCACCAGUUAGUCACCUGUGAACGUUCGAGCCAGCCGGAGCAAACAUACUCUUCGCGGCCCUGCUGGCGGAGAUACAUCAUUACGCACAGCCCGUUUUUUCAUCUUGCUUAUGCGGGCGCGCGAUCGCGAUCGGUGUGUGUAUCAUAAGUGUGUGUGUGUAACAAACAAACAUCUGACACGUGUGUGAGUGUUCGAUACGUGCGAGAAGAUAACACCAGACACAAACCCAGCAAAACCCAGCCAGCGCAACGACGAACGGUGAGGAAAAGAAACAUAAAACGGGAACGUUGGCCUUCUUCGGUGCGCGAAGAGAGCGAACAAGCAACGGGAUCUACCCUGCCGCGAAGGUGAACUUCCCAUUCUUCGCCACGAUCUCGUGUGUGUGUGUGUGUGUCUGUAUGCGAACGAGCGGGCCGAGCGAGUCCGAGCUGCAGCGCUGGUGAAAACGGGCGUUCGUUGCUUGCGGCUAGUUGAAGUUGUUCCAUCGAAAACGGUCGUUCGAUAAAUCGGAAGUGUUAGAGUAGAGUUAGGAUUUUUUCUAUUCUCGCGAUCGCGUGUGUGUGAUAGAACAGUGUUUCGCGGUUUUAAUUGCAGCAAACUUUUCCGAUUGAUUUUUAUGUUUGUUUCGCGGAAUUUCCCCACUUCCACUUACUGUGUCUUCCAGAAGACUCGUUCCUGGAGGGAUGAGUCAAUCAAUCGCUUGACACGCAACACACAGGUGUCCCCGAUAUUAUUCGCCCGGUAAGCAAAAGCGCACGCGAGAGAAAUCAAAAGAAGAAAGUGCCGUUAGCGAUUGAAUUCUUUCCACUUCCACAAGCGCGUGUGGCGGUGGCGUAGGAUUGCGUCAACCGUACACAGUGCGAGAACGUGUCGGUAUUUCGGUAAGGAACUGUUGGGACCUAAACUCUCCCAAAUGCGAUCGUAAAACGAAUAUGUAAAUACCCCAAGCACCAACCCCACAUACAGCCAACCAUUCUGGGAGCGGGAAUUGUUUCUAAGUGAAGUUAAUUCGGCGUGAUCAUACGCGAUCAUUACAUUGCGUUUUCAAUUGCAAAGUGUCCCACAACACAUCCCACCAGCUGCUCUUGCCGCCUUGAUUCAAUUCGUUUCGGUGCGUGUAGUGUUACUGUGUGUGUGUGUGUGUGUACUGUGUAGUUGUCGUACUGGCCGUUUGAUUGAGGCCGAUCUUCCCCUUUUUGGGAGGUGAAGUGAAACGAGAAGAGUUUUGUGCCCGUAAAGCCCCGAAAAAAAAGUGAGUGUAGUGGAGGUUAUUUGGCGACGUGUUAUCGUGUUGCCAUCUUGCCGAAAAUCUCGCAGCCGGCCGAUAGGAUCGCGCUCAAUUACAAUAACAUAAAACGAGUGAUUAAGGUUAAGUGUGUUCGUUCGUAAAUUGGAAAGCAUCAGUUUUUCCACCGGCGAGGAGAGGUCGCGUGAUUUACGGCGUUACCGGGUCAGUGGCAGUGGAGCAAGGGCUCCAGCAACAAAGCAACGACAACAGCACAAGGCGGAACUUCUAUCUUCCAGCAACAACAUCCCAACCAUCGCUGAAUUGACUCUCCACCGAGCGAGCACGAGCCAGCAUCCCGCAACCCGCAACGAUCUUCAAGGAGAUUGAGCGGAACCGGCGCCGAAGCGAAAAGCACACUGCCCCAUUGCACGGUGGCAUCGAACCGAACCGAUAGGAACCGAACCGGAGCGACGCAGGACGGCUAGAGAAGCUAGAGCGGCCGGCCCGGAUUUUCCACGGUGCAUCGAAACGAAAGCGAAAAUCCUGAUCUGCACGACUGCAUCGUUUGCCAACCCAUCCGGCGUGGUCCGGCGGAAGCGAAAUAGAUCGCGAACGGUGCGAGAACUAGUGCGCGAAACGACGCGCCGUCUCGGCAGUCUCGGGGCGCUUCGGCGAGAGCCAAAUUCGCUCGGAAGUCGGCCGUCGGGCGUUUGCUCCGCACCGUCCGCCCGAGCUGGUGUGGGCACGCGCGCUAAUCCGGUCCCGAACCUGUAGCAGGACAGAGCUCCCAGAGAUCCACACGCUAGCCUGCACUGUUUGCAGCAGCAGCGUGCAGUGACGACGAACCCCAUUCGGAUUCGGUCGAAGGACACUUCCCCUGGGUGAGGUCACACGUGUGCCCCAUGUCCCAAUGUCCGGUCAGUGAACGGAAAAGGUGAAGGUGUGAAAGUGUGCGCAAACUGUUUGCUAGAAGCAGUCCACGCAGGGCCCGAGUCCGUAUGCCGCGGUAAAGACAGCUACGAUCGUUUACGUUUUGUGUUUAGUGUUGUUUUUUUGUUGUUGCGGGUUUCUUUGCACUCAGUCUCUGGCCGAUCUGCACGGUCACGUCAUGUUACGACGCGGUGCUAGUGGUUGGUGGGUGUCGGUCGGUGCCCUGCUAGUGGUGCUGACCGCCCGGACUACCGUGGUGAUGGCUCAGUGCCCCUGGCAGCGGGAGGUACCCGAUCUGCAAAAUUCGUGCUUAUGUGCCUACAACCUCGGACAGGAGCUGUCCGUUCAAUGUGAUCAAGUUGAUUUUCCUGUGUUAGUUGAAGCCUUAGACAAGUAUGCGCGUGCGACACCGUUGGAUCUGCUGUACGUGAAUAACUCCACGAUCGAGCAGCUCGAAGGCGGCCUGUUUGUGAACCUCAAGCUGCACAACGUCCAGCUGAGCAGCUGCAAGAUGCGACGCAUCGACGAUAAAGCCUUCCAGGGACAGGAGGCCGUGCUGAAGAACCUCAACCUGCAGGACAAUCUGCUGGAGGAGGUACCGAUCCGAGCGCUCAAACCCCUGACCAUCCUGAACCUCCUGGACCUGUCGAAGAACCGUCUACAUUCCGUACCGAACGACGCCUUCGCUGGACUGCGCAAGCUGUCCACACUGAAGCUCUCCGAUAACAAUGUCACUCUCGCUCCGUUCGCCUUCCGUGGGCUGGAGGCCAGCCUCAAGAACCUCAAUCUGAAAGGCACAAAGCAGAAGCGAGUGCCUGAAGCGGUACGUGGACUACGCACCCUUGCCUUCCUGGAUCUCUCACAGAACGGCAUCCGCGAGCUGCCGGGUGGAGCAGGUGUUAAAUCCUUCGAUGGGCUGGACGCUCUCACCGCACUCAAUCUCGAGCGGAACCUCAUUCAAAGUCUCGGCGAGACGGCCUUUUCGGGAGUACGAAAAACGCUCAGCUCCCUCAGCCUGCUAAACAACUUGCUGGCCGAGUUCCCGGUCGGUGCCAUUCACUCAUUGCGUGAGCUGCGUGUGCUUGAUAUUGGUUUCAAUCUGCUCACGGCACUGCCAGAGACAGCUUUCCGGGGCAAUCCGGCCGUGACGCUGCUAGCACUUGACGGUAACCCACUGCCAACUGUGCCGGAGAAAGCGCUGGCGCAUCUUAACCGCACCCUGCGAGGUCUGUCCCUCGGUGGACGCUUCCUGCACUGUGACUGCAAACUGCGCUGGGUGGCUGAAUGGAUCCGAAAUGGUGAUCUACAGGUAACAUCACGCGAACGUAAUCCCCAGUUCUGUGGCUCUCCCAAUCGCUUCCGAGAGCGUGGCUUCUACUCGAUCCAGCCGGAGGAGCUCACCUGCCCCGAGUCGGAGGUAGCACUCGAAGGUCCAGUCGGUGUGGUGGAGUCUCUACUGCCCAAAACGACCACCGCACGUACUACGACCGCCUCCUCUACUGUCACCACACUGCUGACGCAACCGACAACGCUUGGCGGUACGACCAACGCUACAACUGCUGCUACAUCACCUCCAACCACUACGCAGCAAGGAUCUUCGACCUACGCGGUCGAAACUCAGUCUUCCAACAGCACAACGCUUACCACAACGACACCGGCAACAACGAAACAAUCGACCACGGCCUCAACGGCUACUGCUGCAGCUGCUGCCACGACCACAACGACUUCGAAAACGCCUGCAACGAAGAACUGGCGCACGAACGGUGCCAGCAAUAACGCGCCUCCCCACAAGCAGCGACCUCCGCUUGUGCUAGGUUUCCCACCACAGCGAGGUACUCAGAUCGAUGACUCCAAGGAGGUGCAGGUUAAGAACGCUUUCAGUUCACGCCAGGACAACUCGGUCAUCAUCCAGUGGGACUCGGACACGGCCAACAUUCUCGGCUUCCGCGUGGUCUACCGUCUGUUUGGCGACAAGAGCUUCAAGCAGGGACCGCCUCUAGAGGCGAGCGAGCGCGAGUUCAAGAUCAAGAACGUACCAUCGGCCGAGUGCAUCAUCGUGUGCGUUGUGUCACUCGAGGAGAUCAACGUAACGCCCGACACCGUGCCUUACACCCAGUGCCGGGAGGUGCGCACCGUAGCCUCGCCAGCGUCCAACAUGGACAAGAUUACGAUCGCGGCCAGUGCGGCGAUCUGCGGCACGAUCAUUGUCGCGGUGAUCGUCUUCAUUGCCGCCAGCAGAAGACGCUCGAAGAAGCUGCAGUCCUUGUCGCAGCAGAAGAGCGCACUGCCGAUCGCGGGCCUGCCCGUCAACUGCUGCGGACCGACGCCGAGCCCGAACGGGCCGCUCGGUUCGCUCGCCACGCUGUCCGCGUUCAACUCGCACAAGGACUGGGAUCAGGUGUCGGCGUACAGUGGCCGCUCGAUACCGCGGCCACGCAUCUACCCGAUGGAGAACCAGGCCAUCCCGGACGAUCUGCGCAGCCACGUGUCGCACUUUUCGGCCGUCGGCGGUGGUGGUGGUGGCGGCGUUCCGAAGGUGGGCAAGGCACGCUCGAUCGCGGACGGACAGUCGCACCACAGCUUCUCCAACCACUCCCAGCGCGGCUAUCUCGGGUCGGCCUUCCCGAGCAAUCUGGUGAACUCUCGACCAGGUAAGGGAUGGAGUGUGUUUUCCCGUCAACACUACAUCAGUGUAUUCAAUGAGCGUUGUGUUUUGUCCUCGACAGAGCUGAGACAGUCGCGACAGUCACUGGCAGCCGCGUCGGAGCGCAUGUCCCGAGCGUCCUACGCCGGGUCGAUCGUGCACGGACCGGCCCACAGCAUCGCUUCCAGCACGAGACGCACCCGGCCAAGGUCCCGAUCGCGGGAUCAGCUUAGUGGAGCGCACAUUCACACCCAUCAGCACCGUCCCGGCAGUCGCUACUCCACCGCCGGCUCGACCCACACGCUCAACAACUACUGCGACACGUCCGACAACUGGACCGACCACGACAUGGACAUCUACAUGGCGCGCAACCCGACGGCCCGCAACGGCGGCAUGGUGCCGUUAUGAGACCGGCUGCUCGUUUCCUGAUACGGCGAUCCGGCGCACGAUUACGGCGAACUUUUCUGACAGCGACUACCCGCCGACGGCCGGACGGUUGCGGGGCGCUGCCCCACGAUCGACGACCGCCGGCCGACCCUGACGCUGAUCGUGCCGGACGCUCCGUCUAGCGGUGGUGCGGCCGGGCCCGACGAAGCCCCGCCCGAGUACAGCGAAAUCAACGAGCACGAAACGAUGAUCCCACUGGCCACGACGAUGCGACGGUGCGACUACACCGGGCCUGCUCGAACGCCCCAGCCACGGUUGAAGGUGCGCGACUGUCGGCCAACUACGCCACCGCUGCAGAGUCUGCUCGGUUCGCCCAGCGGUCCCGGGUACGUCGAGCUGGAGAACUACUGCAAUCGGCUGAAGGAGAACCUGCAGUACUGAGGGAGUUUUCUUUUGGAUUUAUUGUUUUUUUUUUUUUGGAAAACGGGGGUAAGGGUGAAGUAAAUGUAACAGUGGUGGGGACGGCGGUACGUUACGGUGUCCUCCAAAGGGUUUAGCAGUUAGCAAACGGUAGGCAAUAAUAUACUUGUAAAACAAGCCAGUCUCUUUGACGAGUGCGCAAGCAAGCAGAGAGAAAGAGAGAGAGAGAGAGAGAGAGAGAGAGAGAUCGGGAUAACAUAUAAUAUUUAAAAUCACUAUUCGUAAACAUUUCAAUGACCAGUUAAGAGUAUAAGUAUAAUUGUAGAGCGUUGAGCGAGAGAGAGAGAGAGGGAGUUGUAGUUUAGUCUAAUUAGAAGCGAAGGAAGCGCGUCGUAUCCUUAAGAAGCAUAACAAAUGCUGGGCCUUUCUUAAGAGUAGCCGUAAGAGUAGUAGAAACGAGUGAACUAUAAACGAAUCGACCGGCGACUGAGACACACCUAAGACGUGCGUAGCUAAGAUUUCAACACAUGCAAAAGACACACGCACACAUAUCAUCCACAUAUGCUUCCGAAAGGGAGGCGAAAUUAUCGAAACAAAACGACCCAAACCCGUAGCAGUUUAAACUUAUCGGAUUGUAUGAAAAUGAAUAAGCACAAAUAGUAAGGGCAAAUAGUCGCGCGGCUGGCGAGCAGUGUUAAUAGAAAGCAUACAGCGAUAACGAUUCAUCCCAAAAAGAAGAAGAAGAAAAAAACGCACCCAGAAAGCGGAAUAGGGGAAACAAAACGGAUAUUUAGGAUGAUGCAAUACAGUUUGUUUCGUACACAUGCAAACAUUCGGAGCAAAGCGGGCUUUCACAAUAUGUACUCAUCCCAGUUUCUCUCACCCCUUCUCCUACACGUUCGUCCUACUUCCAACCACAACCCUCCCACCCCACACACCGCGAAAGCGAAGGUGCGAUGUAACCGUAUCCUGUAAAUAAUCAUCGCAACCUUCCUUUCCGGGAAAACAAAACCCUCCCCACACGCUAUUAUCACAUUGGUUUCUGCCCUGUGGCGUGUUAUGCAUUAUGGCUCUGCUUUUUUGGUUCUGUACUGUUUUUUGUGUGUUUUGUUGGUUUUCCCCCCGAUUUGGGUUCUAGUUUUUCUUACAAACAUCAUAAAACAAAACAAUGUUUCGGUUUGCUUUACUCUAUUUUUCAUUUUUCUGAGAUUUUCUCUGCACUUUCCUAUGUUUGUUUGAAACAAAUGUUGAUUUAAAGGUUUUCAUCGCUAAAUUUCACGCACACUGUAACACUUCCAAAACAACGGACCAAAUAGCAAUGUCAGCAAUGUAGGAAUGUAGUUUGGUGCAGUGCGCUCAUUUAUUUAAUCUCUUCUCUACAAUUGAAAUAACCCAACGUAUGGAACUGUUGAACGGGUCGGAUGGAUGUCCGAAAAAAAAACCCUCCAAACUCCAUUCCAUCGUUGGGGUAUUUUAAUUAUUUGCAGGCGCUUAGGUUUUAUUUAUUUUGCGCUGCUUUUUCAUACAAAACUUCCAAACCCCCGUGGUCCUUUUUCCUCCUCGAUAUGAACGAUAUGAAUACACAGUUGUUAAGUUUGUUCGUAAAUUACAAGUGUUAGAGUGUUAGAUCACCGUCGUCGUCGUCGUCUUCGUCGUGUGCUAAACCUAUGUUUAACAUUUGAUAGUUAACAAGCGAUCGACGGGAAAUCUUCGGAAAGAUUUCUGCAUAGCGUUAAGAUGCACAGGCGUACGCUCACAUACAAGCAUCGCAAUAUGAUGCUUUGUUGUUUGUGUUUAUCCGCCGAAUGUGCGCAGAGAAUUGUAGCUCGUUUCUAAGUACAGUGCAAUUCCCAAACCUAUUGUCGAUUAGUAACAAAAUCUAAAUAUAGCAACACAAUCGAUAUAACACAAUGUAACCAGUAACAUCAAAUCAAAGGUCUAAAAAUUUGGGUUUAAGAUAGUGGGAUUGGCAUAGGACGUGGGAGGGACUAAAGAUGGUGGAUAUGGUUAAAACCUAGCGAUAAGUAAUUACUGAACUGUACAUAGAGUAAUGCUAGCUGUUUUGUAAGACAAACGAAUUGAAUUGAAACGAAAUAGUUAACCCCUGGUGUGUAUUAGGUGUUGUUUGUUUGUUUUGUUUCGUCGUCUACAGAUACAGAAGGAAAGGGCCUUUACUGCGUGUGCAGCACUCAUUUGCCCUUCCCAACCCAAGAACAAAACCAAGAAAAUCAAAAAACGAUUCGGUUUCAAAAAAAAGCAAGAAAGAGAAGGCAGAACAAAGUGCAACUAAAAUUCAUCAUUAGCAAUUAAACAUCAAAAUUAAUGUCCGUACACCAAAUAUUGAUAGACAACGCGAAAGGUAGAGAAAGAAACACGUUAAGCGUGGCGUAACUUAUUUUUAAACACAUUCGCUAUAAACUAUAAAGCGAAAAGGAAGUGCAUUAGAAGUACUGUGUGUGUGCAUGUGUGUAGGUUUGUGUGAAGGGAAACCACUGUAGGAUCUAUUUUUGUACGUAAAACCAACAGAAAACCACUGGAAAAAAUACUCAACAUCAAGCAUUAGCUAAGGGACGUGCGGCGCGCAACCAGCUGCAGCUUUCCGCACGGUUGCGUAUCCCCACGUGUCCGGGAAAGGUGCUUGCGCAUGAUGCAAAUCGUAGCCUUAUUUCAUUCAAUUUGCGCACUGCAUAACGUAGUUAGUCGUAGUAGCAACGGUCGCAUUCAUCUAGAUAUGUAAAAGUGUGUGUUGGAAAGAGAGAGAGAGCAGGGUAAAUAGGUAGGCCAUGCAAUGUUUAAAAGAUGGCAGAAAGGACAGCAAACGGCAGGUCAAUUGAUUGAUUGCUUUGCGUGAUGUGUUGAAACAAUUCCCAUGUAACUCCAUGUAAGCGCCACGUGGUCGUGAAGGAAGCGUGACCAAUAACUGCUAGUGUGUAAUAGUGUAAUAUGACUAAUUAAGGGUAGGAAAUGGAAACGUUACUCUCGUUUACUUUUUAAGUAGAUAUCUUUUUUCUCCCAUUUCGCCGUUGGAAACUGAUGUCAGGUUUUCCGUUGUCGGUACGCUCCCUCCAAUCCCCAUCUUCUCCUAAUUCACCCACCCACCCAUCAUCAGCUCAUUCCAAACCCCUUCAACCCCUUCAUCCCUUCAACCCGAUACGAAAACUUGACAUUACAUGAAGACGGGAAAAAUGAACACAGUUGAAAGUUAACAUUUGAAAGGAGGCGAAGAAGAAGGAAACCGAAACGAUGUUGUAAAGUUCUGAUAGGAGCAUCAUCCAUCGCUAGUGUUAAGGUCGUUAGGAUGGCAUCAUUAAUAAUAGCCACAAACACACACAUACACACGCACUGUCUCUCUUUCUCUCUCUCUCUCUCACUCUGUACCCUCUAAAUCUCCGUUUGGUGUAGUAAUCGAACGAUUUAAUUGUUAAAACUAAUCCUUAUCCCCCCUUUGCGACCGAUCGACAUCGGACGGGAGGCGGAGGAACGGGAUAAAAACCAAGUGCAAUGAGGAAAGAGCGGACUACUACUAAGAGAAGUGUGAACGAGACGGCGAGAACGAGACGAGUUAGUUCGAAUAAUAUUUAUACAAUAUACACAACUAGAAACAUACACACAGACACACCCGCGUAUAUAUUUAAACGAAAAGUAAAACACAACCCCCCGAGGUGCGCCACAAACGCUAUAAAUUCCCACUCCCUGGCAAAUUAAACAAAAGCUAAAACGAAAACGCAAAAGCGCCAGCCCCUGCUGUACGCCAGGCGGACACACGCAUUAAAUACAAGCUGUAUAUAACAAUAAUCAAAUCAAUAAAGAUCAAUUUAAAUGAUAA